AUGGCAAAACAAGAAAGCUACUUCUUUAGUUGGCCACCGGUCGGUGCUCCGUUGAAUGUACAAAGAGAGGAAGACCAUUGGAAACAUUUCGACAGCUAUGUCAAUGCCGUGUCUUUUGGCUUUGUUGCUACCGCCAUUCUCAUCUCCAUGUUCUUAGUAAUGGCCAUCUUCGAACGCUUUCUUAGACCCAACUCUUCUUCAUCCCCCAACCAUGGUGACCUUGAAUCUCAACUCGGUUUUAAUGGCAAGCUCAGCCACCCAUCACCAAAAAUAACAGUAUACACCAGUGGAUUUUCAGUGUUAAUGCCGGGGGACGAGGUUCCUACUUUCAUCGUGCACCCGGCUCCGGUUCCCAGUCCCCCUGAACGUCCUUCAUUGCCUCAACAGCAACAAAACCCAUUGAACAACCCUGCCUCAAACUUGACGUAA